AAACCAACAAAUUCCAGAUACUCUCUUUUCUCCUCUGUUAUUACUUUCUUGUCUUUGUAAUCCCAAAUUAACACCGCUGACGCUGAAGCUGGUCGAAGAACAAAUAGAAGCAUAAGAGAAAAAAACUCUUUGUUUCGUUUCCGGCGAUUAAUUUUCUUCCAUGUUAAGAAAGACUUGAUAAUUCUGAAAUUCCAAGAAUUGGAACAAGAAUCGGAGGGAGAAAAAUCAAAAGAAAAAGAAAAAACUGGAAAAUGAGGCCGAUGGAGACGAUACAGGAUCUGAUCGACGAAGCCAAAUUCCGGACGGUUUGGUGGGCCAUGGUUAUCUUUGCCGUCACUUACUUCUUGACUCAUACGAGUACAUCAAUGUGGAUGAAUAUACCUAUAGCAAUUCUUAUUGUUGCUGCAUUUCGAAUUAUGUCCAAUGAGGUUGAGUUCAAAUGGAAAGUUCAAUCAGUUCGUCCGCAAACUUAUUUGUCUUAUUUGGAGAAGAAACAGUUGUCUUUGAAUGAUUCCCGUCUUUCCAGCUCACCGCCUGCACCCAAGUGGAAGCGGAAAAUUGAUUCUCCUAAGGUGGAGACUGCUCUCAAUGAGUUCAUUGAUAAAAUACUUAGGGAUUUUGUUGUUGACUUGUGGUACUCGGAGAUCACGCCAGAUAGGGAGGCCCCUGAGCUGAUCCGUGCAGUGAUUUUGGAUGCUAUUGGUGAAAUAUCAGGGAGAGUGAAAGAGAUAAACCUUGUUGAUUUGCUAACAAGGGAUAUAGUUGAUUUGAUAGGAGAUCACUUGGAUCUUUUUAGAAGAAACCAAGCUGCAAUAGGUGUUGAUGUUAUGGUAACAUUGUCGUCUGAGGAGAGGGAUGAAAGAUUGAAACACCAGCUUAUGGUUUCUGAAGAGCUUCAUCCUGCAUUAAUUUCACCAGAGAGUGAGUACAAGGUUAUUCAGAGGCUUAUUGGUGGAGUGUUAGCAGUAGUAUUGAGGCCACGGGAAGCUCAAUGUCCUUUAGUUCGAACUAUUGCUCGUGAGAUUGUAACUUGCUUGGUAGUGCAACCUCUUAUGAAUUUGGCAAGCCCAGGGUAUAUCAAUGAAGUGAUUGAAUAUAUUCUACUCGCCAUUAAAGAUGAUAUGAAUAAGAUGGUGGUAGGUUUUGAUCAGUCUUCAGUGGGAUUGCAUGGUGCUGAUUCUACUUCAAGCAAGAUUUCAUCCUUAAACAGUCAAGGAACUGAUUUGACUUUGGCUACAAUUGACAAGCAGAAAGAAACAUAUUCAGAUUAUGGCAGGUACAAGGAAGAAUCAGAGCAGCCGAGACCAGCUGAUUGGGCUCGAAUCUUAGAGGCAGCAACCCAGAGAAGAACUGAAAUUCUUGCUCCUGAAAAUCUUGAUAACAUGUGGACAAAAGGAAGAAACUACAAAAAGAAAGAGAACAAAUAUGUAAAAGCAGCAGUUCAAGAAUCUAUUCCAGAGGGUUCUGUGAAAAAGAGUGCUAUAUUGAUGGGGAAUUCAGGAAGUGAAAUCUCUACCAACAAGAUUGGAACUUCUACAGGAAGGGAAGAGAAAACUGUGAUGCAGCUAAUGCCUGGUUUAAGUCUUGACGCUCAAUUAGGUGAUGGUAACACAAAAGGCACAAAGUUAGCUUUGGAGUUUAACAAGUCAUCAUCAUUUGAAGGAGAUCAUCUUGUUAACAAAUUUAUUGAUGCUAGUGAGCAAGCUGCUGAUGGAAAUAAAUAUAGGCUUAAGAGAUCCAGUAGUACCCCCGAUUUGAAAGUUGAACCUGAUACAAAGAAGGCACUUACUGGAGAUGUUGGAGGGCCUAUUAUUUCAGAGUUCUACAGCCCUGAUUUUGGCAGGCAUACUGAAGAAUAUAGGGGUAAAAUUGCCUCAAAUAUAGUUCUCCGCAAUGAGAGGCCACAUAUUCCCAUGCUUAGGUGCCGGGUCAUUGGAGCAUACUUUGAGAAACUUGGAUCAAAAUCUUUUGCAGUUUAUUCAAUUGCGGUGACAGAUGCAGAAAACAGAACUUGGUUUGUCAAGAGAAGAUACAGGAAUUUUGAACGGUUGCAUCGACAUCUUAAAGAAAUUCCUAAUUAUACAUUACAUCUGCCACCCAAAAGGAUAUUUUCAUCAAGCACUGAGGAUGCUUUUGUUCAUCAGCGCUGCAUUCAGCUUGACAAAUAUCUGCAAGAUCUGUUGUCUAUAGCCAAUGUUGCUGAACAGCAUGAAGUGUGGGAUUUUUUGAGUGUUUCCUCAAAGAAUUACUCUUUUGGAAAAUCUUCAUCAGUGAUGAGAACCCUUGCAGUCAAUGUGGAUGAUGCCGUGGAUGAUAUCGUACGGCAAUUUAGAGGAGUAUCUGAUGGCUUAAUGCGCAAAGUUGUCGGUUCAUCUUCUCCCCCUGGUGAAGCCUGUUCUUCAGUCACUUGUAGGACCUUGUCAUGGAAUGCAGAUGAGAUGGCUAAAGAUAUUUCAAGGCAAAGUAAUUUCGAAACAGUGAACAGUGCUUCUGAUAAUGAAGAAGGUGACAAAGAUGGUAGCCAUGAUCGUCAGGAUGACAGAUCUGGUUCACAAGGUCAUGUUUGGCACUCAGACAAUGAAUUAAACUCAAAGAGUUUGCCACCACGGGUGAUAGAGCGUGGUGGAGUGUCUGAUAAUUUAGUUUCUGAAAAUCAUAAUUUAGGUGUGAAACCUGAAUCAGUUGGCCAGGGUGGAUUUCCUGCCGUAAAGUUAUCAGCAACCUCCAGUCAUUUGGAGGAUCCAGUUGGAAUGCCCCCUGAGUGGACACCGCCUAAUGUGAGCGUACCUUUGCUGAAUCUAGUUGAUAAUGUGUUUCAGCUUAAGAGAAGAGGCUGGCUAAGAAGACAGGUCUUUUGGAUAUCUAAGCAAAUAUUGCAGCUGGUGAUGGAAGAUGCCAUUGAUGACUGGCUUUUGAGGCAGAUUUAUUGCCUUCGGAGUGAGGAAACUGUUGCCCAAGGGAUUCGGUGGGUUCAAGAUGUUCUGUGGCCAGGUGGUACAUUCUUUACAAGAGUAGGGAACAUUCAGAGCAAAUUUGAUAAUUGUCAUCCUAAUCAGACACCUUCAGAGAACUUUAGCCAAUUUGGUGGCAGUAAUGCCUCUAAACCUGGGUCCUUUGAGCAACAACUUGAGGCUACUCGUAGAGCAAGCGACAUAAAAAAAAUGCUUUUUGAUGGAGCUCCAACGACCUUAGUUAGCUUGAUCGGGCAUAAGCAAUACAGACGGUGUGCAAGAGACAUAUAUUAUUUCACUCAGUCUACUAUAUGUGUGAAGCAGCUUGCUUAUGCGAUAUUAGAACUUCUACUCAUAUCAGUUUUCCCUGAGCUGCGGGAUCUAGUGAAGGAUCUUCAUGGCAAGAAACAUACUAAAGUUGCAUAGGAAUCGUGGUCUCUAGUUUGGCAAGGAACAUACUAAAGUCGUCUAGGAAUUGUGGAUUCUGGUUCUGCUAAGAAAACGGAUUUUUGUGUCAAUGAUCCAGAAAGCUUAGAAAGAAACAUGUUUUCAAGGAACCUGAAGACCGAUGUAGUCAUUUUGCACCAUUCGACUCAGUGGCUUCACCUGUGAUUUUCAUUAUACAAAUUAAAUUAUAUGGAUCUUUUUGGGAUUUAGGAAAAUAGGUUUUCUUCUUUUCACAUUGUGUAAUGUACAGGGAUGUAGAUUUAUUCUGUAUAGAAAUCAAUUAUUGCCAUUCUUUUGCUUUCUUUAACAAGAGCCAUUCAGCAGGAAUUUUGAGUUGAUUUGUAUUGGGACAUUUAAGAAACACAGUCAGUGAUAUUUGAUCUUCAUUCAUCACCAUUCACGAUAGGUUCUGGAAUUUUGAGUCUCUUUGAUUGUUUGAACAUUUUAACACUCUGGAUUUUUGUCUUUAAGGGUA